CAAAAGAUCGCAAUGAGAUGGAGGGGACAAAGGGGACAACCGCGUCCGUCGGCUUUGCCCUGGGUUCUCAUGUGCAAGCCUUUGGACGAAUUCAUACAGUAGGUUUUUCGCUCGUUAUAGAUAGACCUUUGGUUGCAGCUGCAACGUCCGUGCCACUUUCUUUUCAAGUCUGCUCCGACAAGGCCUUUCUUGAACAUCCCGUUAGCAAAACAUGGCAUCUGCCUACCAACAAAUAUGCGCUGCACUGGCCGGAGCUACUUCACCCGACCCUAACGUCCGCGGGCCGUCCGAUACACAGCUGAAGCAGUGGGAAACAGAGCCAGGGUUCCACUCAACACUGCAGGACGUAGCAGCUGACGUUACUAUCGAUCUUAAAUUACGGCUUCUGGCGGUGAUCACCUUGAAGAAUGGGAUCGACAAGUACUGGCGGAAGACGGUGAAAGUAGGGGCGGUGCAGCCAGCGGAGAAGGUCAAAAUACGUCAAACGGCUCUAGCGGUCCUGCUCAACGAAGAAAACGACAAAAUUGCCGGUUACAACAGCCUCGUUGUCUCGAAAAUCGCACGCUGCGACUAUCCGCAGGAGUGGCCGGACCUCCUCCACACGCUGUUGCAGACGAUACAAACCGCAUUUGUGGAUAAUGCGCAUGAGGUUGAGUCGGAGCCUGUGCGUCGCCGCGUGCAGCACCGCGCUUUGCAUGCGCUGUAUAUGGUUGUGAAGGCGCUGUGUUCGAAGAUGUUACCGACCAGUAGGAAACUGUAUCAGCAACUCGCGCCAGAGCUUCUGAGAUACACGGCUACGAUCUAUACAGAUCGAGCGGACCGAGCAUUACAGCUGCUAGGGGAGCUGGUCCCUCGUCCGGGAGAAGAGCACCUGCUGCAGCUGCAUUCCGGUCGGCCUCAGGAUGCGGAAGCGGAAUCGUGUUUGCGGCUGGCCGCUUUGGCGCUGAAAACGUUGCGAAGGGUGGUUGUGUAUGGGUUCCGGGAGUGCCACAAGUCGCCUGAAGUGGUGAGCGUUGUGUCAAUGCUCGUUGAGUAUUUGCGGAAGUUUAUGCCUCUGCGAACAUCUGUACCACUACACCCGACCGGCCUCAAACGCUCCCUAAACACCAUCCUGCUGCAAACCGGCAAAGUCUACCUAGACAUGCAAAACCACGAUGUCGCCAAUUUCGUGCGGAUCCCAUCAAGUCUCGAGGUCGUCCGGUUCUACUGGAGCAUAGCCGAAGAGAGCGCCGUACCCAAUGACGAUGUCAUAUUAGAAAAAGUGCUUAUCCACUCCUUACGGCUGUUGAAGAACCUCAUCAAAAACCCGGCGCUGAACAUCCCGGCCGACCGUGAUCUCCUCACCACGGUGCCAACAAACAUUACUGCACGAGCGAGCACGCCGUCGAUCAGAAGGGUCGUGUACGAUCGUCUCCUCACGCCUGAAUUCGUGAAACGCGCAUGCGAGGUGCUUGUGGGGCGGUAUAUGGUGUUGACGGAGGACGAUCGGACGUCCUGGGAGGACAAUGCGGAAGAGUGGUUUAUAGAGCAGGAGGCGGAUCGGUGGGAAUACAAUCUGCGGGGUUGCAGCGAAAAGGUCUUCAUGGACUUGAUGUCAACGAACAGAGAUACGUUGCAACCGGUUGUGAUGAGCAUGCUUCAGAUGGCCUCUGGGGAUAUCACCAACCCGGACGAUUUCAACGCCAUACUACUUAAAGACGCAGUAUACUGUGCCGUCGGACUUACAGCGCACGACAUGUUUGAUUUCAUCAACUUCGAAUCUUGGUUCCAAACGAAGUUACUGGCCGAAGCCACGACAACAGAUCCGCGUUUGACACCGUUGCAACGACGAAUCGCGUGGUUGAUCGCUCAAUGGCUCCCUGUACAGCCCAGCCCGACGCUCUAUGUCCCGGUGUACCGGCUUCUUAUUCAAUUGAUGUCAGGCAACAACGACAUGGCGGUUCGUCUGACCGCCGUAUCAACACUAAAAGCGGUGGUGGAUGACUUUGGCUUCGAGCUCCAACCGUUCCUCGGAUACGUCCAGCCUGUCCUCGACUCGUUGACCGCCGUCCUCGGCGAUGUAGACGGAGUGGACUGCUUGGGCGGAGUGGUCAGCUGUCUCGCUACUGUGGUUGAGCGGCUGGAAGGCGUGAUCGCACCACAUGUGGAUACAAUCAUGGGGAUCGUGCCGAUGCUGUGGGACGCAGCUGACGGGCAGGAGUUGUUCCGAGCGCAUAUUCUGCACAUUCUCUCCAAAUUGGUUGUUGCGCUACGGGCUGAUUCGGAGCAGUUGCACCCGUUCAUUAUCCGCGUUCUUACGUAUAGCAUCGAUGUGCAGAAUCCUGCGCAUGUGUACCUCCUUGAAGAUGGACUGGAUCUCACGCUGGCGGUCCUGCGCAACGCCAAGCGGUGCACCACGGAGCUGUUUUCGCUGAUGGGGUUCAUCGUCCGUGUUCUCGAUUACGGAUCCGAGUCGUUGAAGAAAGCGCUCGCUAUCGUCGAAUGCUUUGUGAUAUUGGACAUUCGCGUCCUGGAUGCACACGCGCGAGGGAUCUUGACGCAGAUCUCAGAAACACUGGGUAAUCUUAAACCAGAGGCUUCACAAGCCACUCUCCGCUGCCUGGACAGUAUCAUUCAAGCGACCUCUGCGGACCCACACUACUCUGACGCACUCAAAAGCAUGAUGCUGGAAACAGGGCUCGUGAAUCGGAUUAUCACGACCGUGUUGUCUGAUACGGAGCUGGCUGUGGUGGUCGUGGGGUAUCUGAAGAUUGUCGCGAGGCUUGUUGUGGAGGACCCGGCGUGGACGUUGGGCUGUUUGGUGGAUGGGAGGACCUUGACGGCUUGGUGUGAAAAGUGGGACAACAUGGGGCAGGCAGCCGACCGCCAACUCACGGCAAUAGCUCUCACAUCUCUCUGCACUAUUCUUCUACCCUCGCCACAAUCGCCGCAAUCUCCCAGUGUAAGCCACCAACAAUACCUCGCCACUCUCCAACCCCACCUCCCCACCAUUCUCGGCAUGGCAAGCAGCCUAAUAGCCGAACAACGGUCCCUGAAAGAAUUCAAACGCGCGGGGAACACCAGCACGGGCGGCGGCCGACACAAGCAUUUCGUGCUGAACGGCGAGAUCGACAAUGAUGCAGAUGCGGACGACGACGUGGAUAACGAUGAUGACGAGGACGAUGCCGAAUUGGAGCGGGAUGGGUACGAUGCUGAUCUUGAUGUGGACACUGCGGGCGUGCAUGAUGUGGAGGGGUUCCAGGCCCCACACGCCCAACGACGGAAAGCGCUCCUGAAAGCGACGCGAGACGCUGCACUCGUCCGACUGUUUCACGGCGUCUCAACCCAAUCACCACUGACUUCGAUCCCACGACGGGCGAACCGAACGCGGAUGGAAACGGCCGUCGUGUGCGCAUGGGCGAGGAUUUUGGCGGGGUUGGCUGGCGCAAACGCAGCUGCGGUUUCGGCGAGCGCUGAUCAGCAGAGUAGAGUGAGGGCGUAUGAGCUUAUCGUCGGUUUACUGGGGAGUGUAGAUGGGGUGGAGGAGUUGAGGGCAGCUGUGGGGGAAGUUAUAGGGGAGGGGGUUGUAUUGUAGAGUUGCUGCAUAUAGAGCCACUCCAUAUAUUCAUACAUCGACGGUAGUGUUUGAGAACUAGAAGCCGAUCGCUGCAUCGGCGUACCAACGAGCAUGGACGUAACCUGCAACCAGCGUGAUUUCCGGAAACAUUCCUUCAAUGUGCGAAAUGUUUUAUCUAUUGACAAAAUACCCUCAUAGGCAGAAAAAGUCAAUCAUCGCAGUGAUAGAUGCAACCUGGGUAUUUUCGGCCUCUCUGAUGGAGCGCUGCCCCG